UUUAUAUCAUAUGUCUACAAAAAAAAUAGAUUUUGUUUAUUAGAAAGACAUUUUGUAACACGACUAAUGUCUGCGUAUUUUGUCAUGUUUGUUAUUUUAUACAAACUGGAUAAACUGACUUUUUCUCAUAUUUAUGUGAACAACUCGGAUUUUUUGAAUUCAAUUGAAAAAGCAGACUUGCAAUUGGCGAGGUUUGAAUGUAUUUCACUUCGUCACAUGACAGCUCGCAUAUCUGUCAAGUCAGAAACGUAAACAAACACGGACAACCGCCCGUAAAGAUUGUGUGCAGAAUAAUCGUAAAAUUUUAUGUGAAAACUCGGGAAAAGGAAAAACAUCAUAUUAUCCCGAAAUUUAGCAACAUUCGUCCGAGUAUGAUCGAGCAGCUGUGUGUGUGUGUGUGUGUGUGUAUGCCGACGAAAUACGACGCCGUUUCUACAACAAUCACUAAAGCCGGCUGUGAUCGUGAUCGGCACAUUCUCAACUGGACCAACACACCGGUCGUUGUGUAUCUUCAAGCAAACCAACGUUUCCAUACACCACAAAAUAGCAUGGAAAGGACAUUGGAUCACCGCAUCGACAAGUGGUUUUUAUGUGCAAGUGGUUUUUAUGUGCAAGUGUUGUUAAGAAGUGUGUUGUACGGUGUAUUAUGUGUUUUACUUUAUUUGUAUCGCUUUGCAAGUGGUACAGUUAGUGCGUUUAAUCGUUGUGCUACUGCUAACGAAAAAACGAUCCGAGCAUUAGAAGCGGCAACAAUACAUGCGCCUGACGCAGAGACAACAACGCCGUCGGCAUCAGUUGAUACCAUCCAAAGUGAUGGUUGAAAUCGUAUAUAAACGUGUAAAACCAUAUAUUGAGGCAUGUAAGUAUUGAAUAAUAGUUAAAUAAAAUACAUUUUAUCGUUGUACUGGACAAUGUGCAUCGAAAUUUUAAAAAA